UUUCAGUGUAUAUAAAUAAAGGCAGUUGCAGCAAUGGAUAGUCAGAGUAUUGCUUGCUUUCGAAUAAGUUAACGGAGAAAAGUCAAGUUAAAACAACAAGUUGUUAUAAUAAGAUAUCCUACCUAGCCCUGAGAUGAUAGCGGUCACAUUCAUUGCAGCCUUUUUUGUGGGGGCUGCACUUGUUUCUGCUGGAAAGUAUGACUACCUUUGUGUGGAGAACAACUAUGCUAAUUCCGUCAACUUUUAUAACCACCCAAAAGAUUGCAGCAAGUAUGUUCAAUGCUGGAAGAAUGCUCUAGGGGCGUUUGAAAGCAUCGAACAACAAUGCGGAUUCGGUACCUACUGGAGUAUGAAUGACAUGAGCUGUAUCAGUGCGGAUAAAGUGAAGUGUGAUGAGGAUGCCUGUCUUGGCUUAAUGAACAGCGAGCAUAGAGCAGCGAAAGGCAACUGCCGUGGAUAUUGGCAGUGUAUGGGAGAAAAGUCAGUUCCAAUGUGUUGCCCAUCAGGGCAGCAUUAUAACUCGACUUACGGCUGCGAGGACAACAUCAAUGAAGAAUGCACCGCCGAUUGUUUCGGACGAUACGUGGCUCCUGUUGUGAUCACCAACGAAACUGAAAGCGAAAACAACACAAAUGCCUUGCAAGACCUAACCUCUACUGAAGCUCCAAUUAUGUGCAACAAAGUAGGACUAGAAAAUAGCCCAUCCAGUUAUACAUGGAACGUAAAUGGUCGGUCGUUUUCGAUGAAAUGCCCCGCUGGAACAGUCUUUGUCCAGAAAAAAUGCGACUGCCUCAGCUCAAAAACAGCUGCGCGUACCUGCGAACCCGAGCUUCUUUUGAAAUUCACCAAUGGUUUGCUGGAUGAGUCACGAAACCAAAUAGAUGUCCAAAACGUCAGCGUAUUGGUAGAAAACGGAGAGGCAAUUUUCGAUGGAGCCACGAGUCAGCUGGUCAUCCCAUUUUUCACCAAUCUCGAAAUCAAGGAUACCCUUAUUGUCCGAAUGAAGUACACUUCUGACCACACAGAAAUCCCAGACGGCGAACAAAGAGCACUCUUUUCUAACUUUGAUUGCACUGUCAAUCCAUCAAUCCAGAUGACCGAGAGCAGCCAAAACGUAGUCGCGCUUGUCGGAACCUGGAAACAGUUCGGGGCGUCAGUUGCUGUUCCCCAGAUCCCCAUUGAUGCAAACGAGACCGUCUCAGAGAAGGACGUUACAUACAAGUUCCACAACAAACAAUUAUCGCUGACGGUAGGUCCACAGCCUGUCGAAGACGUUGAAGUUGAGGGACAGUUGAGAAAAGUCCAGUGUGCUCUUCACAUCGGUUAUGCUUCCGGUAUGCCAAACUUCAAAGGAAGAAUUGACGAAUUUGCAGUCUAUCAGUGCGACCCAAAUGCUUAAAAAAUAAACUUUGAAUCUGUGAUAAAAAAAUACUUUGCUUAAGUAUUUAACGUUUAAUGUACACUUAUUUAUUUUGUUUUACGUUUAAUUUUGAGUAUGUUCGAUUUUUGUUUCGCAUAAUACGAUAAGUGAAGAAAGAAAUCCAUUAUGAUACAUGUUUAUGUAUUGUAAGAAUGUUUUAAGUAAAUGUUGUACGAAUUCAUCUUGAUAUUCUUAAUCUUUCUUACACUGACUUCAUUACAAAAACCUUAAGUAUUUGUAAGUAAAACAGUCUUAAAACAGUUUUCUGGCGCAUUGAUUAAUUGAUGAACAAACACAUUUUGUUGAAUAAAUGCUUUAUUUGAAUAA